GGCUGGACAGCUAAUGCCCUCUCCGCCGCGACCGUCCCCACCAAGGCCUCGACUUUCAGGAGCCAAUUCGAUUGCACUUCCAUUCCAGCGCAUAGCUCUUCGCGAGACCGUUGAACCGCUUUUUGACACGGAUAUUGCGCGUUUUCAGCCUGGCUUUGACACUUUGACUAACCUCUCGCCCCCUAGAUAUGAGGAUGGAGAAGUCCGGCGUUACGGCGCCGGCGAGUCCUACAGACCCUUCAAUCGGGACAGAUCCCCUCGCAGCAUCCGAAGCCCGCCGAGGGACCGAGCCCGGAGCCCCCCCGUGGGCAGUGAUAGCUACGUGCCGAGCCGGUCUCCGCGCCGACGGUCCCGAAGUGCCGACCGGUUUCGACGAGACAGAUCGAGAGAGCGAGACGGCGGUGAGCGGUGGCGACGCAGCCGUAGCCGAGCUAGGAGCCCCAUUCGACGCCCGUCGCCGCCGAGACGGAGCCCGGUGCGGCGGACGCCGCCUCGUUUCGUCUCUCCGCGUAGAGAUGAUCGAGGGCUCGACCGAAGGGACGAUAGGAGGGAUGACAGGAGAGACGAUAGGAGAGAUGAUAGGAGAGAUGAUAGGAGGGAUGACAGGAGGGAUGAUAGGAGAGAUGAUAGGAGGGACGACAGGAGGGACGACAGGAGGGACGACAGGCGAGACGACCGCAGGGACGACCGCAGGGACGAUCGAGAUGAUCGGCCGCGUUCCCCGCCCCCUCGUCGGGAUCAUGACAUUCGGGAUGCGAGGCGAAGAUCUCGCUCUCCCUUUGACAGGGAGAGGCUUCCCCUACGACGGGAGAGGUCGCCGCCUAGACGCUCCCCGCCGCCUGCACCGCGUGGGGGGGGUUCAUAUCGCCCCCGCUCUAGGAGUCCAGACCGGCGCGAUCGCGACGAUCGCUACACGGGUCCGGCCUAUCGGCGCCCGUCGCCACCGCCUGUUCGGGAUUCUGUCAACUCUUCAGCGAUCAAUUCACGGUCUGCGUCGAGAAGGUCUUCGCCGCGGCCGCCCUCAGUUCGCCGGGACGACCGAUCCGGACCCCAGUCUCCAGCACGGUCUCAAGUCUCAAAUGCGCCCACCCCCACAACUUCAGUUCCGCCGGCUCGCGAGAGCCCCAAGCCAUCCGCGCCGGCCCCUCCUCAGCCUGUGCAACAGACACAGGCUCCGCCGCCUGCCGCGAAGCCGCCGGUAACCGAUGCUAAUGCGGCUCCGGUGAAGUCGCCUCCGCGAGGCCCCGCUGCGCUAAGAGCACCGCCAACAGGGCCCGCCGCAGCCCGAAACUUCACAUCGCCGGCGGCCGCUCCGUCUGCCCCAUCACCCCGCCAUCCGCCACAGGCCCCGGCCGGCCCAUCACGCAUCGACACUCCCAGUCCCACCGUUCCCCCCGCAGGGCCACGUGGCUACGUUCCUCCGAGAGGAGCCGGCUUCGCGGGCCGCGGCGGCCGAGGGAACUGGCCUGCUGGCCCGGGCCGGCAUCAUUCCAUUUCCGGGAGCGGCUCGUCCGCCUCGUCGCCCACCGUAACCCCCACCGGACCCAGCGCCGGCGGCAUCCCCACCGGCCCGCGAGCCCAAUCCACCGGCGGCGUCGCAGCCAUGUCCCCGUCCCUGGGCGCCAAACCGUUCAACCCGCCCACGGGCCCGGCGGCGCACAACGCGGCGCACCCGCGUCCGACGCUGGCGCAGAGCCUGCUCAACACCAUGCCGCCCAUCAUCCCCGGCGGCAAGAUCGACCCGACGGCGCUGCCGACCGAGCUGGAGCCGCACCACCGCAAGCUGCGCGAGGAGGAGGAGCGCCUGCGCGAGGAGCUGCGCGCCAAGCAGGACAGGCUGCGCAAGAGCCUGCGCCUCUGGGACAAGCUCGAGCGCGAGAGCAGGGCGUUCGAGCUCAAGAGCGAGCUGAGCGAGCGGAGCCUGAAGAAUAUUGCUGGCGAGGGCUCGGGGGGCGCCGCGUUUUGAAAGGGUGAUCUUGGAAAGGGGGGGCGAACUAAUAUUGAAACAGCAGUGGGCUCGGCGGUGCGAGAUAACUACGACGAAGGAGGGGAAUGUCUUUC